AUGGUGGUGCUCUGUGGAUACGAGAUUAUGAAAGAUGCUCUGGUUAGUUAUGCUGAAGAAUUUGGUGGGCAAAGUAGCCAACCUAUACUUGAAACUGUGACCAAAAAUUUAGGUGAGUGUUUCGUUGUUAUUGUUGAUCUUAAUUAUGAUGAUUUCUUCCUUCUGUUUUAAAGGAAGUGUCCCGUUCAAAUUGUCUUAGGGCCUAGAUUAUACCUGCCUCCAGUGCUUUUCUCUGCAGGUAUGCAGAGGUAUAUAUACCCCUAAACAGCUUGUGAAUCUUUGUACUUUUGUCCAUUUACUGUAUUUCUUUUUCCUGAUUUGAACUAUAAAAUGGUGAUUUUCUUGAGUCAAAAUGAGAGUACCCCUAAACAUUUUUUUAAAGAAAAAAGCACUGCCUGUCUCUCCCAGUACAGUGGUGCCUCGCAAGACGAAAUUAAUUCGUUCCGCAAGUCUCUUCGUCUUGCGAGUUUUUCGUCUUGCGAUGCACGGUUUCCCAUAGGAAUGCAUUGAAAAUCAAUUAAUGCGUUCCUAGGGAAACCGCCUUCAGACCAGGUCCGGGGACAGUCUGUCCCCGGACCUCUUCUGAAGGCUGGGGGGCAAGGGCUUUUCUUCCCACCCCAGCAUUUUAAAACCCCGGGACAGCGGAGGACUUCUCCGCUGUCCGGGCGAUCUUAAAAUGCUGGCGGGCGGCAUUUUAAAAUCACCCGGGACAGCGGAGGACUUCUCCGCUGUCCGGGGCAAUUUAAAGCCCAUGGGAAGGCAGGCAGGGGCCAAAAACACUUUUGCCCCCCGCCAGCCUUCAGAAGAGGUCCUGGACCUCUUCUGAAGGCGGGCGGGGGGCGAAAGUCUUUGCUCCCCCCGCCUUCAAAAGCCCUACGUGACCGGAAGGCAGGGGAGCAAAGACUUUCGCCCCCGCCCGCCUUCAGAAGGUCUUCCCUCCCCCCGCCCGGCUCGGAGCACCGCUCCGAAGCCGGGCGGCGGCGGAGGUCUUCCCUCCCCCGCCCGGCUCGGAGCACCGUCCGGAGCCGGGCGGCGGCGGAGGUGUUCCCUCCCCGCCCGGCUCGGAGCACCGUCCGGAGCCGGGCGGCGGGGGAGGUCUUCCCUCCCCACCGCCCGGCUCGGAGCACCGCUCCGGGCCGGGCGGCGGGGAGGUCUUCCUCCCCCCGCCCGGCUCGGAGCACCGUCCGAGCCGGGCGGCGGCGGCAGGUGUUCCCUCCCCCGCCCGGCUCGGAGCACCGCCCGGCCGGGCGGCGGCGGCAGGUGUUCCCUCCCCCGCCCGGCUCGGAGGAGCCUUCCGAGCCCGGCGGCGGCGGGAGGAGGUGUCCCCGCCCCGCCGCCAGGCUUCGGAGGAGGUCCGAGGACAGUGGGGAAGACGCGCUGCGCUCCCCGCUGUCCCUGAGAUUUCCUAUGGGCUGUCGUCUUGCGAAGCAAGCCCAUAGGGAAAUUCGUUUUGUGAAGCGCCUCCAAAACGGAAAACCCUUUCGUCUAGCGGGUUUUCCGUCUUGCGAGGCGUUCGUCUUGCGGGGUACCACUGUAUGUAGAACAGUAUAUAGAGGUAAAAAAGGUAAAGGACCCCUGGACUGCUGAGUCCAGUCAAAUGCGACUAUGGGGCUGUGGUGCUCAUCUCGCUUUCAGACUGAGGGAGCUGGCGUUUGUUGGCAGACAGCUUUCUGGGUCAUGUGGCCAGCAUGACUAAACCGUUUCUGGUGCAUGGAGCACUUCUGUGCACAGAAGUGCUGUUUACCUUCCCACCACAGCAAUACCUAUUUAUCUACUUGCACUGGCAUGCUUUCAAACUGCUAGGUUGGCAGGAGCUGGGACAGAGCAGCGGGAGCUCACUCAGUUGCAGGAAUUUGAACUUUCUGAUCGGCAAGCCCAAGAGGCUCAGCGGUUUAGACCACCAUGUAGUGACUGAUAGUUAACCUAGACAAAAUUGGUCUAGACAGCCAGAUUUGUUCACUUUGCUGAACCAUUCACAUAUUGCCCAGAGCUGGUGAGCCCAUACAGGAGUUUGAAGGAAGCAUGUCAAGCAGUGUCUAGGAUGGACAGAGAGAGCAAGGGACCAAUUAGCAAUAUUCAUUCAAAAUGGAUGAGGAAACAAGCGUAGUCAUACAGAUCCAUCAGCACCCUGGACAGAUCCCAGGGAGUAUGCAGUGUGCUCUCCCCAAAAGGAUCAAAAAUUUUACUAGAAAAUAUGUGGGUAGGAGGAGGGAGCUGAACUCUGCACUCGUCACUCUCACCUCACCAUUUCCUAUCAUUUCAUAUGUUUUUCUCCUCCGUCCACUUCUGCAACACUGGCAGCUCCCUUCAUUUGCACACACAUUUCUGAGAAGAAUUAAAAACCCCACAUGCCCUGCUAUGUACUUCAUACAUGAGUGUUGCGUUCACAAAGUAAAGGAAGGAUUGAACUCUGAUUAAUAAGAAUACACACAUAGACUUGAACCAGCAAGACUCUGGGAAGGGUGCGUAUAAUCGUGUCUCUCUGUGCCUGUCUGACAGAUCUUUGCAGCCCCUGGCCCAGGCCGUUUUUAUUCACAAAAGAACUUUUUACAGAGUGUUCAUAAGAACCAAUCAGAUUUCUUCUGAGCAUUCCACAAACGCACUUGGGGAGAAAGUUAAACUACUAAAACUAAUUAAGCACAAAUAUUUCUGGGGUAAACAAAGAACAGAACUACAAAGAAGAGCAUCUGGCAACCCCAGAGGUAAUAAACAAGCAAUACAUAUGAUAAGAAGGAUGGCCAGAAAGACCCGAUCACUAUCACCUUCAUGUGAGAUCUGUUUCCUGGCUCCAAGAUUAACAUCCUAAGAUUACUAUACAUCAAAGAAACUUGCCCACUAUCUUUAUGGCCCAGGAUGCCUGCCUGGCUAAGCAAGAAGCAACUGGGCUGUGUACGUGACUUCUCAGGCAAGAGAGAUGGACAGUAGAGGCAAAAGGGCAUGAAAAGGGCACGAAUGUAGAGUCUUAUGGGAUUUAAUCAGAAAUUAUCAUCAAUAUAUCAAACCCAGUCAACACAAUGUCUUCAUCAUUGACACGAUGGCUUGAUGUAUAUUUUAUAAUUCCUCAUGGUAAUCCCAUCUGAUCCCUACACAUGAGCAGGGAGCACAUGUGAAGAAUGAUUAGGAUGGCCCACAUUGCAUCUCAUUUGGCUCGAGGUAAUGGUUUACAGUUGCAAAUAUGAAACCAUAGCAUUCCAUAGCCAUGUGUUUCAUCAGAACUAAUGCAACAAUGUCAAAUGACAUCCUUCCAGGGAUCAGCACCAGGAAUAAAAAGAAAUGGAAGGAACUGCAUCGCUUCACUCUCUCCACACUGCAGAACAUUGGGAUGGGGAAGAAAUCAAUGGCUGAACGGAUACAGGAGGAGGUCCAUUGCCUGGUGGAAGUGAUAGCAACUACUAAAGGUUUACUUCAUUCUACCAAGGAACAGACUGAAAAUUCAAAUAAUCACAAUUUUGGUGGAUUUAGACAGACAGUUUGGGGAAACAGGGCCCUAAAAUCUACUUCCAAUAGUUUGGAGUCUACAGUUACCCAUGGCAGCAAGUAGUAGCAGUGUCAUCUGCCUCCUUCAUUUUUAAAGCAGAUGAAUAGCUAUCAUAGGCAGCAGCUAAACUACCCCCCCCCCCCAGUUUACAAAUAGAGGAAGAGGAUCCUGCCCCUGUAGAAAGCACCUUGAAACUGUUUUUUAAAAGGAACAUUUCAGAGCCCUUGACUAUCCCAAACUGUAGCAGAGUAAUUUCAGUGGUUGCCAAUGGUAUCCAUUAAUUCCACAAGCACACAAAUCAGUCCCUGGAGUGAUGCUAUAUGCCAUGAAGACAUUGCUGCUAGUACAACUCCCAUAGGGUUGCCAUAUUUCAAAAAGUGAAGCUUGUUCAGCUUUUUUUGGUACAUUUGUUGACCCCCCCCCAUUGUUGUUUUUUUAAAAAAUGAAGUUGAUCUAUUUUAAAGGAAAUUCACCAAAAUAUAGAUUUUUCAAGUGGGUUGCCAUAUGUCCAGAUUUUCCUGGAUAUUCAAGCAUCUUCCCAGACACUGUGACUGCCAUAUUCCGGCUAUGUCCAGGAAAUUCUGGACGUAUGGCAACUCCCAUCAUCUCCAUUUGAAAAUGCCAAUGGCUAGAGUUAAUCAGAGUGAUGUUUCAGCCCCCAUGAUCUCAGGCACUUUAGCAUUAAGCCAACUGCAAACAUCUCCACUGAUUUUCCAGGAAGCAUGUGAGGGGAAAACUGCCCUGCGACCUGAACCACUUUAUACCUCCAUUCUAGCACCUGAGGGCAAUUCUAGCUCCAGAGGGAUGGAGAGUGUGUGUUUGGGUUUUUGUGUGCAGAAUAGGGGCAGGUGGCCUGCUUAAGGUGUGCUCUGCUACCCCUCCCCAAUCCUGCUUACAGAAACUGAGGUUGCUUGCCUGUGGAAGCACCUCUAGCUGUUUAUUUGUGACACCUUUAUCCAUAAUAAAUAUUUGCUCCCACUAUCAAGAGCAGAACACAAAAUCCAGGGUAUUGCCUGCUAAACUGAACCACAAAAUACCAUCUGUCCCACAAAUUUGAUAUUGUAGUGAUUAGUUCCCAAUCAGCCCUCAAACCACUCACUAGACUGCGAGAAACAGAUAAACAGCCAUCUCUCUUUUUUUAAAAAAAUGAUAUUUAUUGAGAAUUUAAAAUUACAGAGAGAGAAAAGAGGGGGGGGAAAGGGAAAAGGAAAGAAGGUAGACAAAAAGAGAAAUUAAACAAUACAAGUCAAUAGAAAGAAAAAACAAAAAAACAAAAAACAAAACACACAAUACAUCAAAACCAAAAACAAAAACAAACAAAAAAUUUAAAAACAAAUCCAAUAUUCCCAAAUCUUUGUCUUUCGUUAACUUGUUUCAUCGACCUCCUCACACCUCUCUUUUUUGUAUUUUGGUUAUUAAUUAUCUCAGCAAAUCCUUUCCAUCUUUCACUAUAUUCUGUCAUUAAAUUACCUUAAUUUAUUUUAACCUUAUCUUACCAUGAAAAGCCCUAAAGCUUAAAACUUAAAACUUGUUUAUACAUAUUUUUUUUAACAUUUCUACUAAAGCCAAAUAGUUUCAUUCCAACAUUUUUCUAAUACUCAUUAAUUUUACAAUCAUUUUCUAAAUGAAUUUUUAAAACUUUCUUCCAAUCUUCAUCCAUCAUCUCUUCUUCCUGGUCUCGGGUUUUAUCAGACCUUUCUACCCCUUCCAUCUAGUCCAUCAACCUGGUGACCUUCUAUCCGAGGCUCUUAAGUCUUUUCCAUGUCCCUUCUGCAGGUCUUCUUCAUAUUUAUACCUGCACUUUACUUUAUCUUCUGCUGAUCUUAUUCUUAAUUUCCUUCCUUUCUCUCGGGGAGACUCCAACUUGACAAUAUCUUUAUCCCUUCUCAACAAGUCAGCCCAUUCUCCAUAGUCAGCACAGAAAUCCAAAAGAUAUUUGAAGGCAUAUUUCAAAGUCCCUCCAAGGUUAAGGGCCCCCACAACUCCAAACUCCCCCUGGCCCAAAACCAGAUCCAAAAAGUCAAAACAUCCCUGCAUAGGGGGAUCUAUCCAACUUCCCAUCUCCAGACCAAACAAUACUCCAUCUCUCCAAAUCUGACUUUCUCCAGGUUCAGUCGUCAAAAACAACAACUUAUGUUCCUGCAAGGCCGCAGCUCUCUCCAUUUCUAUUACUAUUACUUGAGGUUCAGCAACAACCUCCUCCUUUAUCUUCUUCACAACUUGCUCUGUCAAAGCACAUUCCUGGGUUGGUUCCUGAGUGGUUUCUAUAUAGGUAUUCACUGUUUGUCCAAAAUUGCCAAGUGCAACAGUCAUCAAAUCCAUCUUCUCAUGUAGCUGUUCCAGUAAAGCGCUUGUCUUGCAAAAAGCAAGCACUAAAGCUUCUUCUGGGCACAUUCUUGUUCAAGGUCAAUGUCUGGUCUCAUGAUCUUUAAUCUCUACAGCUGUAGAAUUCCCCAGAUCGACUCCAGCAACAGUUUCACAAGCUCCCUCUAGAGGAAACAAUUUCUGUUUGUAUCCGUCUUUUUAAAAGCAGAUCUAGCAACAAAAUUCCUUUCGUUUUUCAGAUAUUUAGUUCCUUUUAAGUGCAAAAGGGAACAUUGGAAUCAAUAUGUUUCUCUUUUUUAACUAUCUGUCAAAAACAUUUUAUCCACAGUCAAUGAACUUCCCCAAAGCGUCUGUCUCUGACACCCCGCUCCCAGGUUCAAGACGGUGGAAAUUUAUCUUUCUUUACUCUCUCUUUCUGCAGGAUUAAACAGUCUAAGAUUUCCCCCCUCUUCUCCUGCUUCCAAGGGGGUUUAGUAAUUUUAACUGAUGGAAAUUUAGUCCUUUACAAACGACUUUCCAGACUCUAGCUUGCAAUGUCUUUGCUUCAAUCUAUUUACAAAAGCGGAAGGCAGACUUCCUGUUUAGACCUUCCCGCUUCAGUGCCAAAUUAAAGUUUCAUAGUCCAAUUUUCCGUUCUACUCAUGGGCAGUUGUUUAAAAUCCAAUUGUCCACAGGAAAAAGUCAGCGCUCUCCGGCAACAGCAAUGUGGCUUCACUCCGUGAAAAGAGCAGUCGAUUCGAAGCACCGCGCCAUUCACCCCACGUCGCUCCGGAUCCCCGAAACCGGGUUUCCCCAUGAGUAGGGGAGGCGCAAAAGGUGCCAGCCGAAUCCCACGUCCACAGGCUUCUCCCGCCUGUGGUUUUUGGUGGGUCUCCACCUUGCCACAGCGGUCCAGACCCUAGUUCUCACGAAGCGGAUUCCUCCCGAUCAGAGGAAAUCCGCCAUUGCCGGAGGCGCUAACCCGGAAGCCAGUGAUAAACAGCCAUCUCUUAACAGUGUCAUCAACACCACCGUUCCCAAAAUAAGAAGAAAAAGGAGGAUUACUAAAAACACAACCACCCACAGACCUGAUAACUGAAUUGAAGCUCUGUGUUCAGAGGCAACACAUCUCUGAAAUGAAUAUCAGUUGUUGUGGGACAAAUAAUGGACAGCUGUUGCCUUCCAGCCCAGUUUGUGGGUUUGCAAAAAACAUCUGACUGGCUGCUGUGGGAAAUUGAGUGCUGGAAUAGAUGAACCCUGGUCUGAUCCAUCAGGAUUCUUCUUAUGAACUUGUGUGUGCAGCUGAAAGCCUUCCUAUAAAUAUUCAGAAACACUUCAAAUAGCACAGGGUAAUAUCAGUGCUGACUCCUGAAUGGAGAUGUUUUGUCAUGAACAACCGAGAGGGUGCAAAGAUUAUUUUGAACUGAGCUCCUGCUUAGUGGUUGGUUCUAGGAUAGAUCAUGAUGCUCCUGUAAUGUUUAAAGGACAAAGAUACAAGUUGGAGGAUGUGCUAUCUUCAUGUGGGUUCUGUAUCACGAUAAUGUUCAAGUGAGGAAUAAUUCGUUCUUCUGUGUGCCAUGUGAAAAGCUUGCCAUUUCCCUAGCUUCAAUGAAAAACUUUGUCGCAGCAGAGAGACAGCCUCAAGCCUUAUCUUCGCUCUUACAUGAAAGCUUUUUCGAACAGCCAUACCUCAGCAAAGCACAUUUAAACCAGCUUAGUGAGAAGACAUGUGUUUUCAAUGAGUUGCAUAUAUGAAUGAUUUUUUUCUCACCAAUCAAGCAGUUAAAAGGUAAAGGUAAAGGGACUCCUGACCAUUAGGUCCAGUCGCGAACGACUCUGGGGUUGCAGUGCUCAUCUCGCUUUAUUGGCUGAGGGAGCCGCACAUGGAAAUGCUGCUUACCUUCCCAUGGAGCGGUACCUAUCUAUCUACUUGCACUUUGAUGUGCUUUCGAACUGCUAGGUGGGCAGGAGCAGGGACCGAGCAAUGGGAGCUCCCCCCUUUCGCGGGGAUUCAAACUGCCGACCUUCUGAUCAGCAAGCCCUAGGCUCUGGGGUAGUCAGAUUUAUUUAUUUUCUAAUUGAUACUGUAUGUCUGCUGUCAGAUUCUACUCAAUGUUGAUAUGAUGUCUGAUAUAUUGAAAUCUUGCAAAACCUGACCUUUCUUAUAUUGGCUAUUUUUUCAUAUAACGGGAAGCAACUACAGUUUAUAGAACCUUAAACUAUGGACAAUCUUAACUAUGGUUUGUUGAAACUGAUUUGCUUCAUAAACUGACAUAUGUAGUCUUGUUAUUACUAUUAUUAUUUAUUAUAUCCCACCCAUCUGGCUGGGAGUCCCUAGCCACUCCGAGCAGCUUCCAGCAAACUUUGCCAAACUACACUUGGUUUAGAUUUGAACAUCAUGUUGAGCUAUGGUUCACCUUCCAUUCUCUUCCUCAAAGCCACACCUGAUAACAGAGGAGUACAGAAAUCCAAGGCUUGCUGAGAGUCAUUCUCACAAUAGUAAAUCAUGCUUUAGUGUAGUGCUUAAAUGUCUACAUGUGUGAAGUUGUCAAAUACUAACUUAUAUAUUAUGUAAUCUGGUAAAUUUGUCAAACGUUGCUUUAACAGACACUAAUGGACGCCCAUGGGUCACUGAGAUAUCACAGAUUGUUGGCAACAUGUUUUUUUUUAAAAAAAAAUUAUCAUAUUUUUUUUCUCCGAAAAGGUAAAUCUGGAUGUUUUUAAUUGUUUGUGGUUUACUUUUGUUUUUUGGAUUUUGAUGUGUUUUGUUUUUGUUUUUUCUAUUUUUAUUGAUCUGUAUGGUUUGACUGCUGUUUGCUUUUUCUUUGUUUUUUCUUCUUCUUUGUUUCUUUGGUUUUUUUUGUAACUUUAAAAUGCUUAAUAAAUAUCAUUAAAAAAAAAAUGAAAUCAGGGGGGAAAUACAGGUUGGCAGUUUGAUGCCCAUGACAUAAUGUGGACACCAUCAGUACCACAAUAUAGAUCCAUCUGGAAGAACCCACAGUUUAAAGUAAAACACUUCUGAGUACUAGCUAUUAUACAGGUACUAUCAAAUGUUGAAUUUCAGUGUCAAAUACUGAUGAUGACUAUCAAAGAUAUGUGCAGAUCCAGAGAAUAUUUACAGUGGUACCUUGGGAUACAUAUGCUAUAGGUUACAUAUGCUUCAGGUUACAGACUCCGCUAACCCAAAAAUAGUACCUCGGGUUAAGAACUUUGCUUCAGGAUGAGAACAGAAAUUGUGCUCCAGCAGCUCAGCAGCAGCAGGAGGCCCCAUUAGCUAAACUGAUGCUUCAGUUUAAGAACAGCUAAACUGAUGCUUCAGGUUAAGAACAGACCUCUGGAACGAAUUAAGUACUUAACCCGAGGUACCACUGUACCAUCAAAAUCCACUGGGGGCCAUUUUGAGGAGAAUUGUGUGGGAUACAUUUGUUCAGUUCUAGACAGUGUCCAGCUGUCAUGCGAAUAAUUAUGACUUUCUCCAUUUCCAGGAAAACGGGCAUGCCCAGGGGAGGCCCUGGCUUGA